UGUUAUAUCGUGCAGCCUCGAGAGCCCCGUCAUCCGUCCACAGCAUGGGUGUAGAAAGGCCAGCCAAGCACCACACAAUCUCAGGCGGAUGUCCGUUGUUCCAGGCCGUUGCAUCAGCAACAACGCCCUCCGCAUAGUUGGAUUUGGCUACAUCAGCCGCAAUGAAGUGGAAGCGCUGCGUCCCGGGAGACUUUGCCGCGGCCUUGAUACUCUUCACUGCCUCUUCAAGCUUUAGCAGGUUCCUCGAGACAAUAACAAUGUUUGCUCCCCUGCUCGAAAAUAUGCGUGCUGCGCUGAGGCCGGUACCUUCAGACCCGCCCGUGAGGAGAAUAGUCCGGCCCUCAACGGGCAUAUGGUUAUGGCCAAACCAGCCCAUCUUUUUGAAACGACAACGGGCUGGGCACCGAUUAAACGUAAAUGCGAAGAAAUUUUAACUCCCUAGGCCGCAGAUUACACUGAAUAGAUUUUUUCAUGAAAAAAAUUGAAUUGAAUUGGAAAUUGGAAAUGUGAUGGGGUAAGGCUCUGGCAUCCGGAAAUUGGAGUUAGCUGAUACAACCACA